GGCCCCGGCCCGGCCCCGCGGGAAGGCUUUCGCAGUCGCCGGUGCCCAGGGAGCGCAAAAAGAGUUAAAAGUAGUUGUCUUGGAAUGGUUUGGGAGGGACCGUAACCAUCAUCUCGUUCCACCAUCCGUUCCCACCCCCUUCCACCAGCCCAGAUUGCUCCAAGCCCUUGGCCUCGGGCACUGCCAGGGAUCCAGGGGGAGCCACAGCCGGCCUGUGCCAGGGCCUGCCCUCCCUCCCAGCCGGCAAUUCCUUCCCAAUAUCCCAUCUGCAGCGGUCCAUCAUCCAUCGCCGCUUGCAAGGCCAAGCAGGUUUUGGUCAUCCCAGCCUCCCAGGACUGCAGCCCCUGCGCUCCUGAAUCAACGCGGUUUAAACUCCGGAGCGGGAGGGGGAAAGCGCGGAGUGCCGGGAAGAGCAGGGAGAGGAGAGAACAUCCUCAGAUACUCCUUUUUCCGGGAAAGGGAAAGGCUUCGGGGUGACCUAACUGUGCCUUCCCAGUACCUGAAGGAGUCCACAGGAAAGGUUACCUAACGAAGCUCCUGCAGAAUCACACCGCCUAUGCCUGCGACGGGCAGCACCUGAGCCUGCACUGCCCUCGGCACUCGACCAUCAGUGUUCAGUCAGCAUUUUAUGGGCAGGACCCCCACAUGUGCAGUGCUUGGGAGCCUGAAACCAGGAUGACAGAACCCAGGAACUGCGUGGCACCCACCUCUUUGCAGAAAGUACUGGAUGAAUGCCAAAACCUGAGAUCCUGCCAACUCCUUGUCAAUAGUCGGGUUUUUGGGCCUGAUCUGUGUCCAGGGACCACUAAAUUCCUCCUUGUCUCCUUUAAAUGCAAACCUACUGAAUACAAAACCAAAUCAGCAUGUGAAAACCAGGAACUGAAGCUCCACUGUCAGGAAUCCAAGUUCCUUAUCAUCUACUCGGCCACCUACGGCAGAUGGGCACACGAGGAGAGCGUCUGCUCAACAAAGGCGGAGCACACACCCCCCUUUGACUGUUUGUCUUACACAGCGCUGGAAGUGUUAUCAAAGAGGUGUUACGGGAAACAGAGAUGCAAAAUCAUUGUCACUAGCCGGGACUUUGGAAGUCCAUGCCUACCUGGAGUGACAAAAUACCUAAAUGUCAGCUAUGCAUGUGUUCCUAAAUUUAUCCUCACAGCUGUCAACUCCCUGGUCCCUGAUAACAAGACUUCCAUCAAACAGAAUGAUGGUGUCGACCUUGAUCCAAGGGAAUCGAGACUUCCAAAGAAAGAUGGAACUAUUGUUAGCUCUAACUACUUGGCUACAUUUGCAUACAUUAGAGAUCACCCUGAAAGAGCCGCUCUCCUGUUUGUGUCCAGCGUUUGUGUGGGACUAAUCCUCACACUGUGUGCCUUGGUGAUCUGUGUGUCGUGUCCUAGGGACAUCCAGAAACUGCACAGGAAGAGGGAUCAGCUGGUGCCACAGAGUGCCAGAGCCUACCAGAGCAGUGAACAGGAGGAGGAAGAGGAGGGGGAGGAUUCCUCCCUUUCAAACAGCCAGGAUGAGACAGACAGACUUUACAGACCUUCUUACUCAGGUUAUAACUCAGCAGAGGCAGCGGAGCUGGCCGAAAGGAUUGAGCGCAGGGAGCAGAUCAUACAGGAAAUUUGGAUGAACAGUGGUUUGGAUAUGACACCCCCUAGAAAUAUGAACACAUUUUAUAUUAAUGAACAAUAAAUGGCUUAUUUUGGAUGACACUCUAUCCCUUUUUAAAAAAAAAAAAGAAAAAAAGAAUGUACCUUCCGUGAAGGAACAUUUGUAUCAGUGAAUAUAAUUAUUUGUAAAAUAAAAAGAAACAUAUGCAAUAAAAAGAGGGUUUCAUGCCCUUGACUGUCUGUAAAUCCUUCUGUAAAAAACACUCUACAGUUUUAACUCAUGGUAUGGAUUACUUUUCACUGUAAUUUGGGAUCAACUGCCAAAUGAACGUUUAGGAGUAUUUUAAAAAGUGGAAAAUAUUUAAGCAGAUGUAUUCAACCAUCAGAACAGACCUGCCCAAGAUGCACUCCUGCUGCCACCUGUGCCAGCAAAUCUGUGAAGGACAAGCUCCAAAAUGGCUGCUGCUUUCAUAAAAGACUAUUGACAUUGCCACACAUGCUAAGAAUACUUAAGGGAAACGCUGGGCUCAUUCUUCUGAUCCUACAGCAGGGUUAGAGACAGAACUUUAACGCAGGUCAUAGUCUCAGGACUUUUUAUCAGUUUGCAAUCUUCUCUUGAUAAUUGUUAGACUAGUCAGAUUGGGUUUCAGUUGGAAAGAAAAUAAAAUCAGUAAUAUAUCUAAGCUGAAACCACAACAGUCUUCCUGUCUUAAAAAUGUCUCCAAUAUUUUAGCCGCAGCCCAUAGGGAAUUUACUGAACAAAAGGAGGAAAAAUGUCACUUCCUAUUGGUAAUACUUCAUGGGUUCACUGUGCUUCCCCACUCAGAUGCUGCAUGUCCAGGUACAGCGUAGUAUGAAACACUCUGAAAGAAAACAGUGACAUGACUUGUCAUUUCCUACUGAUACAAACUCAAAUUAAGCCUGGAAAACCUUUAAAGGGAGGAAGGGAGCUUGCUCAGAUGACUAAGGCACAAUCCUGUGUUCAACUGGAAAAAUCUCACCAGCAAUUAGCAUCCUAUCAGCGGAAGGAAGAGAGGUUAAGGAGAUGGACGGAGGGUUGAGGUCAUCCAGAGCACUGGGAAACUGCAGGAAAGGCUGUGCACAGCCCAAGAGCCUGGCUGCAAUUCCUAGUGGACUACUGCUCUCCCCUUUCCAGCAGGAAAACGUCACAGCCUGUGCUACGCAUGAUAAUGAUUCAUAGGUUUAGGGCUGGAGAAGCCCAUGCCUUGGUCCUGAGGCUGGAAGAAGGCAAGUUUGCCUUUGGGAAGGGCUCUGGGCCAGAGUUGGUUCCUUCCUCCUCACUGAUGGGGCAGGUGCCACCCAUUUCCCACUCAGAUACAAAGGGACUGAUUCUACACCCCAACAAUUUCUCCUGAUGGCAAACUAUACUAGUGGAAAAAAACCCUGAUCCUCUUCUUUUUUCUGGAGCAGGCUGGGCUCUGGCCUGCAGAUCUGAGGGCAGGGGCUCCAGGGGCCCCUGUUCUUGUGGGAUCCCCAAAAUUCUGAGUCCUGGCGAAACUCCCUUCUGGAGAGCCUGGGGCCAGCUGAUCUGCAGCUCAUCUGUUUUGGAAGUUAUCUGUCUGGCAGUUAAUGUUCAUAGUCACUAAAAUUUCUGCAUUUUCUUCCCUCAUUUUUUAGUGGGAAGCCUCAGUGGCAUUUCAGCCCACGAGCUGACAUCCUAACAAAAGCCGGUAGUUAUCUUUCCUUCCAACUUCACUUUGCUCAAGACUAGGUAAAGUCAGCAUGCCCUUAGGGGUGGUCGGUCCCCUGGAGAAUACCUACUCCAGCCAAAGGUGGGACUCCACAGCCUUUCUGGGCAACCUGUGCCAGUGCUCAGCUACUCCCACAGUGACAAAGUGGUCCCUGAUGUUCAGAGGGACCCUCCUGUGUUUCACUUUGUGCCCAUAGCCUUUGCUCCUGGUCACUGGGCACACAGGUCCCUUCCCCACUUUGUUCACUUCAUCCACACAUCCAGCCAUCUGAUACCCCCUGCUGGGAUUGCCAGCUGAAACCAGGUUCUUCAUUCCUGGUGGCAAAACAGCUGCAGUGGCAGCACAUCAGCAGAAACCAGUUUGCAGCUUAGAAGUUAGUCCCUUCCUUGGGGCAAAACAUUUCUCUUUUCCCAACUCCUAGUCCUCUCCUUGCUUUUACAACCCUAGAGGAAAAGGACCUUUUGUACUGAAAUAGCGAUUUAAUUGAUGACCUGAUCCCCUCCUGAUUUUCCUCCCUCCCACACUGGCAGGCAGACAGCAAAAAAUUCCUGCAGGUGCCACUGAAGUGACUGCUUCCCAAGAUGGAGCGUUUCAUGUACUUUGAGGAAAAAAGAAAAAAAAAACCCACAAAAACCCAAAAAAACAGUGCAGUGCUUAAUAAUGCAUGCCUGUUUAAAUGGAUCCUCAAGCAUAGUGACUGACCCUGUCCAAACCCCAGCACCAGGAGCAACCCAGCAGGGCAGGGGAAGCAGCUUCUGCUCCAGGCUGGGAGGUCAGGCUUCACUCGGGAGCUGUUCCUUUGACUGAACUAUUUAUAGUCUGAAUUUGGAUUGCUAUUUUAUUCCUUUUGCAUAAACUUUCCAAGUCUAAUUUGGGGAAAGCUGUCAAUUAAUGGUUCACCUCAUUUCCAAAUGUACAGUUUGCGGCAAUCUGAGAGUCAGAAUGAAGACAAACAUUGAAAAACCUGAUUAACAGACAUUGAAUUAUUUGGAUCUUUCUGAAAUGACACCCAAAGUACCCAGUAGACAAAACAGAAAAGUCACAAAGUAUGCACUUAGCUGUCCCAAGCCCUGAAAAAACCAGCAGCUGAAGUGCCAUAGCUGGAAUCUCUCCAGGCUGAGGGCUGAGGUAUCCACAGGGAGGGUGGCACAACACAGCAGUAGCAGCAAUGCAAUGCUCAGGGCUGGCAGUAGGAUGGAGUUUCAGCAGUACAAUCCCUGCAAUUUCCCAGAAGAGCAGCCUAAGGAGAAAAUACUGCAAAGGAGAGCUUGCAAGUUGUUUGGACUACUUCUAUGGGCAUGACACACAUGAAAUGAUAUGACCCAGCAUCAACAUCUGAACUUGCUGGAAGGUAGCAUGCAGUGCUGGUGUGGCUGUUUGAACUUCCCACUCCUGCCUUGAAAAUUAGCCUCAAGUUUGUUGCCAGAAACACUGGGUGAGGUUGCAGGAAGCAAUAAAUAAAUCCUUCCAAAUCCUGGGUGAGGCAGAGAAUGGAGCGAUGUGGGAAAGCAAAACUGUGAAAAGGACCAAAGGAAUGAAACCAGGUGUGGAAACCACUUCCACUCACCAGGAUGCUGAUAUGGCCACAAAACAAAAAUUUUAGCAAUGUUCUGCUGUGUGUCUCCUUGGAGAGAGAAUGGAUUUCCUCCUUGGAAGGGCAUGGCUACUCUCAAACUUCCAGAAAUAAGUGGCUUAAAAGAAAGACACAAAAAGAUUUUGCAAAGUUGCAAACCUAGGUGUGGUGUUUGUAUCUCCUUGGAUAGUUAAAUACUCACAGGCUUUCCCGGAUUCCAGUACUCUUCAAUCAUUUUCUAGCGAGUUCAUUCCAUUUCACCCAUAAUAAAUGAAUCCAGCAGAUCCACAAACACGGCUGUGAGAACUCCAAAAAAUCAAUGCUAUGGAAAAUCUGCUCAGGUAAGAAAAAAAUCCAACACCAAUUAUAGCAGAGAACAGCAGUCAAAGGGGUGCAGAAUCUGCACCCCUUAAAUAUUUCCAAUGCCUGCUUUUUCCUUGCUUUCAGAGAGGAAAUGAGAAUAUAAUAAGCUCCAGGACACUGAUUUUCCUCUUAGGAAGUGGUAGAACAAAGCGUUUUGUUAAAAAUCUUUUUUGUCAUGCAAAAUAAUUCCAAAUAAAUUUUAAAUAAAAAAUAUUUCAAAUUUUUAAAUGCAAAAAUGCUGUUUAUCCUUUUAGUUAAAAGUCAUGUUAUUGUAAAGCUGAGACUCAAGAAAAACUGCCAGGCACCUAAAAGACCUUACCUAAAGGUAAAAUAAUCCAUGAUUGAAGUAAAACCACCAUUAAUAGUUCACUGAAAGGCAUUAAUCAUCUUUUCUGCAUCCAGUCUUCAAGCUGCAAGUUCAGCAAAUACUUCACUUUCAACUUGAUCAGUGCCUCUUCAAUACAGAUACUAAUACAGAAAAUUAUGAUGAUUUUUUUAGUUCCAUUCUAAGAGAUCUGGUCCUAUUAAACUUUGGUUUAUCCAAUCUACCUAUAAAUGAUGUUUACCUCUGUAUACAAAUUACUGUCAACCUCUACAUACCAGCAAGAAAAACUAAACCUGAAGAAUGAAAAUGAAGUAUUUCACAAGGAUGUUAGUAAUGAUUAUACAAAAACCACUUCCUUUAAACAAUUGUUAAGAGGUUACAAGCACAUAAAAAACCUAAGUUCCCCUGGAUUAGUUGGGGCAAACUGAUUUCCUAUAAAAUAAAGUACCUUCUCCAGAGCACACCAUCUAAUAGCAAUGCAAAAAUGAGAAGAGAGUAUAAAGACCACUCUGAACAACACCAAACAUUCCAGUGCGUAUUUACUACAUCUCUUAUCUAUGAAACAGAUCGACAUUUCCAUAUCCAAAUUACAAGUUU